AAACGAAACCACAUACACAACACUACACCACGGCAUUCGUCACGGUCAGCCAGUCAGUCCACGCUCCGCCGUGUUCCGUCGAUACUCGCCUGCCUGUUUCCAACGUUUAUCCGUCGCUUCACGCGCUUCCCACUCUCCAAGACUUUCUAAUGUCAGUUGUAGGUUAUACUAGUCAGCUGGUUUUCACUCAGAGCUCGUCUUCCCGUCGUUUUUGCUCGUUACCUCGGUCCACUAUAGGCUCCUUUGGAGCUAUAACAACAUCAAGGAAAUUGUCAUUUAAAACACACCAAGCUUAUUUACCAGUGCCCCUUUCUAACACUACUACGUGUGCAAUGAAAUCCUAUAAGCUAGCUGAUCUUACACAGAUGGAGGUUGACAAUCUCAAAGCCCGACCCCGAAUUAAUUUUACUUCCAUUUUCAGUACAGUUCAACCUAUUGUUGAUGAUGUUCGCAGCAGAGGUGAUGCGGCUGUUAAAGAUUAUACUCUCAAGUUUGACAAAGUUGAAAUAGAAAAGAUUAUUGAAAAUGUCAAUGAUCUUCCAGACCCGGAGCUUGAUGAUGCUGUUCGCGAGUCCUUUGAUGUGGCAUACAGCAACAUCUAUGCAUUUCAUGCUGCACAAAAGCCAGUUGAGAAAGUCGUUGAGAAUAUGAAAGGUGUUAGAUGCAAACGAGUGGCGAGGAGCAUUUCUUCUGUUGGUCUUUAUGUUCCAGGAGGCACUGCAGUUCUACCCUCAACCGCUCUUAUGCUUGCCAUUCCAGCACAGAUUGCUGGAUGUAAAACAGUAGUGCUUGCAACUCCUCCAUCUAGUGAUGGCAGCAUCUGCAAGGAGGUACUAUAUUGUGCGAAGAAGGCCGGUGUGACCCACAUUCUUAAAGCAGGAGGAGCUCAGGCGAUUUCUGCCAUGGCAUGGGGAACGUCAUCAUGUCCUAAGGUUGAGAAGAUAUAUGGUCCUGGAAAUCAGUACGUAACAGCUGCAAAAAUGAUUCUACAAAACAGCGAGGCUAUGGUAUCUAUCGACAUGCCGGCAGGGCCAUCGGAAGUGCUCGUCAUUGCUGACAAAUAUGCCAGCCCUGUUCACAUAGCUGCGGAUCUGCUUUCUCAGGCGGAGCAUGGGCCAGAUAGCCAGGUGGUUCUGGUAAUUGCAGGUGAUGGUGUGGAUAUCAAAGCCAUUGAUGAAGAAAUCACUAAACAAUGCAAUAGUCUCCCAAGAGGAGAGUUUGCUUCUAAAGCUCUUAGUCACAGCUUUACUGUGUUUGCACGUGAUAUGGUUGAGGCAGUUACAUUUUCUAACUUAUACGCACCGGAACAUCUGAUCAUUAAUGUAAAAGAUGCAGAGAAGUGGGAGAGCUUUAUUGAAAAUGCAGGCUCUGUGUUUUUAGGGCAAUGGACUCCAGAGAGUGUGGGGGAUUAUGCAAGCGGGACAAACCAUGUUCUUCCUACUUAUGGAUAUGCACGCAUGUACAGCGGGGUGUCUCUUGACUCUUUCUUGAAGUACAUAACUAUCCAGUCUUUGACAGAAGAAGGGCUUGCAAAGCUUGGUCCUCAUGUGGCAACCAUGGCUGAGGUUGAGGGAUUAGAUGCUCAUAAAAGAGCAGUAACCCUUCGCCUUGAAGACAUUAAAGCAAGACAAGUUGUAUGACCACAACUUUAACUCCCUACUAAAUUGGGACUGUAAGAAACUUAUUUUUGGUGUCAUUUGAACUUGGAAAAGUAGUAAAUUAGACUGCUCUGUUAGUUGUUCUUAAAAAAUGUUCAUUUUUGAGUUUGUAGAUCUGGCUGACACUGAGGUCCACUAAAUAAUAAGGUUUCUUAACCUAUAA